AUGUCCCGCCUGCUGCACGCAGAGGAGUGGGCUGAAGUGAAGGAGUUGGGGGACCACCAUCGCCAUCCCCAGCCUCACCACCUGCCGCAGCCGCCGCCGCCACAGCCACCUGCGACCCUGCAGACGAGAGAGCAUCCCGUCUACCCGGCGGAGCUGUCCCUCCUGGACAGCACCGACCCACGCGCCUGGCUGGCUCCUACUUUGCAGGGCAUCUGCACGGCACGCGCCGCCCAGUACUUGCUGCAUUCCCCCGAGUUGGGUGCCUCUGAGGCUGCGGCGCCCCGGGAGGAGGCAGACGGCCGGGGGGAGCUGGUGAGGAGGAGCGGCGGCGGCGGCGGUAGCAGCAGCAAGAGUCCUGGGCCAGUGAAAGUGCGGGAACAGCUGUGCAAACUGAAAGGCGGGGUGGUAGUGGACGAGCUGGGCUGCAGCCGUCAGCGCGCCCCUUCCAGCAAACAGGUGAACGGGGUGCAGAAGCAAAGGCGCCUGGCGGCCAACGCCAGGGAGCGACGCAGGAUGCACGGGCUGAACCACGCCUUCGACCAGCUGCGCAACGUUAUCCCGUCCUUCAACAACGACAAGAAGCUGUCCAAAUACGAGACCCUGCAGAUGGCCCAGAUCUACAUCAACGCCUUGUCCGAGCUGCUACAAACGCCCAGCGGCGGGGAGCAGCCGCCACCGCCGCCAGCAUCCUGCAAGAGCGACCAUCACCACCUUCGCGCCGCCGCCCCCUACGAAGGCAGCGCGGGCACCGCGACCGCAGCGGGGGCCCAGCCAGCCUCCGCAGGGGGCCAGCGGCCUACGCCGCCUGGAAGUUGCCGGACUCGAUUUUCCGCCCCGGCUUCCGCGGGAGGAUACUCGGUGCAGCUGGACUCUCUGCACUUCUCGACUUUCGAGGACAGCGCCCUGACGGCGAUGAUGGCGCAAAAAAACCUGUCGCCUUCACUGCCCGGGGGCAUCCUGCAGCCAGUGCAGGAAGAAAGUAGCAAAACUUCGCCCCGAUCCCACAGAAGUGACGGGGAGUUUUCCCCCCAUUCCCAUUACAGUGACUCAGAUGAGGCAAGUUAG